CUCGGUCGCUCCUCUCCCCAUCAGUACGCUUCGUCUUCAGCACUUCGUCUUCCACAGUCGAAUUCCUCUCUUUUCACCGAACCCUCUCUCUCCCGAAACUCUCCGAUGGCCCCGAAGACCGAGAAGAAGCCGGCCGAGAAGAAGCCAGCGGAGAAGGCCCCGGCCGAGAAGAAGCCCCGGGCUGAGAAGAAGCUCCCCAAGGAGGGCGGCGCGUCCUCCGCCGACAAGAAGAAGAAGCGGUCGAAGAAGAGCGUGGAGACCUACAAGAUCUACAUCUUCAAGGUCCUGAAGCAGGUCCACCCGGACAUUGGGAUCUCAAGCAAGGCCAUGGGGAUCAUGAACAGCUUCAUUAACGACAUCUUCGAGAAGCUCGCCCAGGAGGCAUCCCGCCUUGCCAGGUACAACAAGAAGCCCACCAUCACCUCCCGCGAGAUCCAGACCGCCGUCAGGCUCGUCCUCCCUGGCGAGCUCGCCAAGCACGCCGUGUCGGAGGGGACCAAGGCCGUCACCAAGUUCACCAGCUCUUAGGCUUUUUCAUUCUAGGGUUCCGUCUCCGAUACCGUGUAAUUGGAUUUAGAUGAUGAUCAUGCUUUCUAUUAGUUACUAAGAUAUGUAAUUGAUGGGUUUUAUUAGUGGCAUAUUUGGAAAUUCGCUCGGCAUUUUUGUCUAA